GGAGGGGACUACUCGGCCGACCAUGAACUAGCCCGGCAUGUGACAGGCUGCGUGGGCGGCCGAACGGCGCGAGCGCGCCCGGGUGGCAGCUCCUCGGGCGCGGGCAUUCCAGGGCAUUGCGGUAGGCGGCUAGCGGCGAGCUCAGCAAAGGUCGAGGUGCAGCGCGGACGCCGGAGGACGUUUUCCCAGGGCGGGGUGUGUUCGGCCCGGGGACGGGGCUGCCGGUCCCGGCGACUGCAGGACUGAGGGGCUUUGGCGGCGAAGCGUGCGAUGGCGCGGGCUGCGCAGUGCUUGUGAAACUGAACACAACAAAAGUAUGGAGAUGGGAAACCAACAUCCUUCUAUUACUAGGCUUCAGGAAAUCCAAAAGGAGGUAAAAAGCAUAGAACAGCAAGUAAUUGGUUUCAGCGGUCUGUCAGACGACAAGAAUUACAAGAAACUGGAGAGGAUUCUAACAAGACAACUUUUUGAAAUAGACUCGGUAGAUACUGAAGGAAAAGGAGAUAUUCAGCAAGCUAGGAAGAGGGCAGCACAAGAGACAGAGCGUCUUCUCAAAGAGUUGGAGCAGAAUGCAAACCACCCACACAGGAUCGAAAUAGAGAACAUUUUUAAAGAAGCCCAGUCCCUAGUGAAAGAGAAGAUUGUGCCAUUUUAUAGUGGAGGCAACUGUGUAACUGAUGAGUUUGAAGAAGGCAUCCAGGAUGUCAUUUUGAGGCUGACACAUGUUAAAACUGGAGGCAAGAUCUCCUUGCGGAAAGCACGGUAUUACACUUUAACCAAAAUCUGUGCAGUGCAAGAGAUUAUCGAGGACUGCGUGAAAAAGCAGCCUUCCCUGCCGCUUUCUGAGGACGCGCAUCCCUCAGUUGCCAAAAUUAACUCUGUGCUGUGUGACGUGAACAAGACCAGAGGCACUCUGAUUGCCCUUCUUAUGGGAGUGAACAGUGAUGAGACUUGCAGGCACUUAUCUUGUGUGCUCUCGGGGCUGAUGGCCGAUCUGGAUGCUUUAGACGUGUGCGGCCGCACAGAAAUCAGAAAUUACCGGAAGGAGGUCGUGGAAGAUAUCAACCAGUUAUUGAAGUACUUGGAUUUAGAAGAGGAAGCAGAUAGCACUCGUGCGUUUGACCUGGGGCAGAAUCAUUCCAUUUUAAAAAUAGAACAGGUCCUCAAGAGAAUGAGAGAAAUAAAAAACGAACUUCUUGAAGCACAGAAUCCUUCAGAAUGGUACCUGAGCUCCAAAACAGAGCUGCAGGGUUUGAUUGGACAGUUGGAUGAGGUAAGCCUUGAAAAAAACCCCUGCAUCCGGGAAGCCAGGAGAAGAGCGGUGAUCGAAGUUCAGACCCUCAUCACUUACAUCGACUUGAAGGAAGCCCUCGAGAAGAGAAAGCUGUUUGUUUGUGAGGAGCACCCCUCACACAAAGCGGUCUGGAGCGUCCUGGGAAACUUGUCAGACAUCCAGGGGGAAGUUCUCUCAUUUGAUGGCAGUCGAAAUGAUAAGAACUACAUCCGGCUGGAGGAGCUGCUCACCAAGCAGCUGCUUGCCCUGGACGCCGUUGACCCACAGGGAGAGGAGAAGUGUAAGGCUGCCCGGAAGCAGGCAGUGAAGCUUGCACAGAAUAUUCUCAGCUAUCUCGACUUGAAAUCCGAUGAAUGGGAGUACUGAAACGCCAGAGAGCCCACGUGUAUGAGAGCAGAAACUGUCAGCAGCCCUGCAGGACCAGCUCUUUGAAGCUUGUUCAGAGGAAGCGAGCAUCAGCUCCCUGCGCCUGCAGACGUCGCACUCCGGGCACCUGCUGCAUUCCUUAGCUCAUGUUAUUGGCACAUGGAUGCUUCUCUAGUGCCUGAAAGGGCCAGUACAGUCUGUCAGUGCAGGAAAUUUUUUUUUUCUGCUAAAGGGUACACAUAUUUCUGUGCAUACUUUUUGAGGAUCCAAGAUUACCAGUUGCCUGUUAAGGUGAACAAAAGAAUUUCCCAGAGUUCUGAAGUGCCUUGAUAACUUGCUGCCCCGGUAUUAUAACUAACAGACUACUCUGUAGUCAGCUCUCACAAAAUAAUCGUAUUAGAGUACAUCUUUUGAGCUCUAUAGUAAUUUGUUCUUUUCUUUCAGAGAUACUAAUUUGAUAACUUUGGAAACAGCUAAAAAUAAGAUGGAUAAAGGAAUAGCCCUUAAUACCUAAAAGAUUAUAAACGUGUAGCCCUAAAAAAUUUCCAUUUUGUCUCAGUGCUGCCCAAUAAUUAAAAGCCCUUGAUAUGUCUUUCCUACUAGAAAUGUUACAGAUUCAUCGGACAGUGGGGUCAAAGGGCAAUCGGAGGUCUUUGGGCCGUGAGCCUUCCACCUGCACGUCCAGCGGGCUUUCAGUGCAGCUUAUUGGUAGCUCAUGCCGACCAAAGUCGUUUCAGGAUUGCUCUCCUGUAUCAUAAUUUUAGGGUGCUCUUAAAAUCUUGAGGAGUUUUUAAGUUCGAGCACUGUUGCCGUUAUAUCACUGGGCAAUCAAGGCUGUACUCUGACUCACUUCAGACGUACACACAUCCUGCACCAGGCCCCAGAUUUGAAAGUUAAAUGUUAGCCUGUCCUUUCAGAGUAUCCAUUGUUGUUUGAAAGCAGUUCUUCCUCCAGCAUUUAUUUCCAGCAGUGUUUUCCAUAACUCACAGAGAUGGCUCAAACCGUUAAUCUUUGCGCAUCGGGGGUGAGCAUAGGAUAUUGAGCCCAUCCACGGUCACGCUGGAUUUCUCACGGGGAUUAUUUUGGUUAUUGAAAUAAUCAGAUCAGCCUUGAGUGCUGAGGAGUGAUGCUCCCUGUCUUCAGUCUGUUCUAGUUCCUUGUACCCGAUGAUUCGGUUCCCAUGAUGAGCCCUAGCGAUACUGGCUUUAGCUGCUCCUGUCCCUCAUUGGGAGGCGUGUGUGUUAAUGUGGCCUGCUGCAUGUAUUUUGGGUUCAUCACUUUGUAUUGUAUUUUUAUGAUCUCACUUGAAGAGAAUCUGUACUGGAAGUAAAACCUGCCCCCUAAAAAUGUUUGGCCUUGGGUCUGCAUUAAACUGUAUAAUCCAUGUUCAUGAAAAAUUGGCUGGGAAUGUUUGCUUUCUUUACCUUCCACUCAGUCAGCAUUGUUUUCAGGUCAUUCUUUAUCCAAACAGAUUAAUCAGCCUACUGUGAAGUAGUUAAGAAAAUAAAUAUAAUGACUAUGUCUACUAAGUACAAUUUAAUGCUUUAUUUUGCUAAACUGCCUGGGUAUAAUAUAUUUGACAUAAUUUAGUAUAUUUGAAAAGUUUAACCAGUUUUUCUCAUUUGUUUUGCUUGGCCAGUUUUUAAUCUGGUUUUGGAGGGUCUAAGCUUAUCCUGUUCACACAGGUUUUUUUAAGCAAAGCUUUUUAGCUUUUAACUCAUGCAGUGUUUUUCUCAAGAAUAAUUGGAGAACAAUUUGCCACACUGAUUUUGAUGUAUAAUUCAGGUGUGUCAUUCCAGCGUGUUGGUUCUCGUCCCUGCCCCAUGAACUGUGUGACUACUGUAAUACCGUGUCUUAAAUAAUUCAGCAUUAUUUUGAGGUAGACAUACUAGUAUACCCUUAAUUAUUGAUGAAAUAAAAAAUCUCUUAGCUUCUCUUUGCGGUGGAGAAAGGACGUGAGUCUGAGGUGUGAGUCCUGUCGUCAUGUUUUCACCUUUGGGUACUGUCUGACUUGGGUGCCCCUGAGCAGGCCAGGCCCGGGAGGAGGGCUCCUUGGCUCCAGUCAGGGGCAGCGUUGUGAGGGGGCCGCAGCGCAGAGCACAGACGGGGAUCCAGUGGCGGGUGAAGGGGUAACUGUGCCCCCGUAAACAACCCAGGAAGUGGGGGGCGGGCCAGGGAACCUGGAGCAGAUGUGGCCUCACGUGCUGCUUCCCUGGGGAGGGUGCCCGCGGGCCAAGCGCACAGGAGCUGCCCUUACUCGCAGGAGGGGAAACUCGAGGCGUUCUGGAAAGGUCCUCUCCCCGGAGGAAAGGUUUGAGGGAAGGUGGUGUGCUGUUGAAACUCAUCUUAACGGAGAUGUUUUUCUGGCCACUUGAGAGUCUCGUGCUCUGCCACCUGAGCUAGUCGGGCGGCCGUGUAUCUCUGACCAUCUAGUCCUUCCAGCAUUCCCAAAAUGCUCUGCUCUGCCUCGGGCUCCCUCACCCACCUCGCAGCUCACCCUCGUUUUGGCAGUUGUCUGUCACAAACCCAUUACAACCCAUUACCUGGUGGCAGCAACUGGUUUUGCCUUUUCCCCGCCUCCUCCUACAGGCCCUCUUCUGUCUUCUCUGCCUGCGUGUUCCAGUGAUCCAAGUGGAGAAGCAGCGCGGCCAGCCCCGCCGUGCAGGUGUGUGAUGCGUAAUAGGCCAGCCGCCAGGAGAAACAAAUCGUACAGGUUAAAAAGACAGGAAAUUUGACAUUUUUAAUUCUCUGCCACCCACCAAGAUGCGCUCUGCCCCGUUAGGCUUGGGUUAUUUACGCACGUUAGAAACUGUUCUCAAGGACUUCCCUGGUGGCGCAGUGGUUAAGAAUCCGCCUGCCAAUGCAGGGUACACGGGUUUGAGCCCUGGUCCGCGAAGAUCCCACAUGCCGUGGAGCCACUAAGCCCGUGCGCCACAACUACUGAAGCCCACGCACCUGGAGCCCGUGCUCUGCAACAAGAGAAGCCACUGCAAUGAGAAGCCCACGCACCACGAGGAAGAGUAGCCCCCGCUCACUGUAACUAGAGAAAGCCUGCGCACAGCAACAAAGACCUAAUGUGGCCAAGAAUCAAUAAAUAAAUUUUUUUUAAAAACUGUU